AUGGAGAUGAGGCUUGUUGCCUGCGAGCGUAUGUCAGGGACACAAUGCUCGAAAAAGACUCCAUUGAGUUCGUGCUUCGUGGAGCAGCUUGUCUGCAAUGGAGAUGAGGCUUGUUGCCUGCGAGCGUAUGUCAGGGACACAAUGCUCGAAAAGACUCCAUUGAGUUCGUGCUUCGUGGAGCAGCUUGUCUGCAAUGAAGAUGAGGCUUGUCGCCUGCGAGCGUAUGUCAGGGACACAAUGCUCAAAAAAGACUCCAUUGAGUUCGUGCUUCGUGGAGCAGCUUGUCUGCAAUGA